UUCUAAUUUCUCAUGAGGAAGGCCGGUGUUUCGCCGACAACCAAUGAGGAACGAGGAGGGUCUGGGUAACAGCGAUGAGCGGAUGAGUUGGAUCCCUUCGGGCACGGAUAUCUUUGGGUCCAGCAAAUCCGUCUGACCAAACGCUCCGGAGUCAUAUUACUUGGAAAGUUCACUCCUUCAAUCAGAGGGCGGCGCUCUGCUACGGGCUCCGGCUGUUCGGCACGGGCAAGGCCCUAGGUCCUCCCUUCUCCUCCGCUCCCCGCCGGCGUUGCCGCAGAUCAACCCUUCUCUCCGCCUUCCCACGGCAACCGGACCCUCGUGUUCUCCGUCGCAGAUCCCUUGUUCUCUCCUCCUUCUGCGGCCUGGCCAAUCUUUUUGUUCCCUCCUGACGGAGCCGCAAAUUUGAGAAAAAAAGUGGUUCUUUGUCUUUCUUCGUGGAGCCCUCUGUCGCUACAGCUCUUCCCAGGGGCGAAGAUGCGAAGAAAGAGGACGGAUACGCAAUUGCCUUCUGGUUUUUAAAAAUACGACCAAUCAACCUCAAGAAUUGAUAUGAAUUGUUGUGGAUGCUGAGGCUUGCAGAUAAACAAGAUGAACUUGCUUUGUUGUGGGAAGAGAACUCAUAUUAUUUUGAUGUUUUUUAUAUCAAAAUGGAUAACUUCAUCUGUUCGGAUGGUUGAUUAGUCACGUCUCAGAGAUUGGAACAACAUUAUUCGUUAAUAACAGGCAGGCACAAUGAUCAGCAAACAACUUUUGCUGACUUACUUUUAUCUACUUAUUUAUGUUUGCCUCUCAUCUGGAGUUAUCUUGUAUAACAAGUGGGUUCUAUCUCCAAAAUAUUUCAAAUUUCCCUUUCCUAUCACUCUUACUAUGAUUCACAUGGGAUUUUCUGGUGUCGUAGCAUUCUUUCUUAUUCGUGUUUUUAAGGUUGUUGCACCUGUCAAGAUGACUUUUCAGAUAUAUGCAACAUGUGUGAUUCCCAUUAGUGCGUUCUUUGCAUCAAGUCUUUGGUUUGGCAACACAGCUUAUUUGCAUAUAUCAGUCGCUUUUAUUCAGAUGCUUAAGGCCUUAAUGCCUGUGGCAACGUUCCUCGUGGCUGUAAUAUGUGGCACUGACAAAUUAAGGUGUGAUGUCUUCUUGAACAUGGUGCUGGUCAGUGUUGGGGUUGUAAUUUCGUCAUAUGGAGAGAUUCACUUUAAUGUAAUUGGAACAGCUUACCAGGUAACUGGUAUAUUUGCAGAAGCUUUAAGGCUGGUCUUAACUCAAGUCCUCCUUCAGCAAAAGGGCUUGACUCUAAAUCCUGUCACCAGUCUAUAUUACAUAGCCCCUUGCAGUUUCCUCUUUCUAUUUGUACCUUGGUAUCUAUUGGAGAAACCAGGGAUGGAGAUUUCACAGAUUCAGUUCAACUUGUCGAUAUUUUUCUCAAAUGCACUAUGUGCUUUAGCCUUGAAUUUGUCUAUAUUUUUGGUAAUUGGUAGAACUGGGGCAGUCACCAUCCGUGUUGCUGGGGUACUCAAGGACUGGAUAUUAAUUGCAUUAUCAACGAUUGUAUUUCCUGAAUCUACUAUUACCGGUCUUAAUAUAAUUGGCUAUGCAAUUGCUCUUUGUGGUGUUGUCAUGUACAACUAUUUGAAGGUUAAGGAUGUCCGAGCGUCAAAUCAACUUCCUGCAGAUAGCAUCCCUGAAAGAUCUACAAAGGAGUGGAAGUUGGAUAAGAAGUCAUUGGAUAUAUAUACUGAUGAUGGUAACAACAGCAACAAUGUGGGAAACAAAGCUGGUUCUGCUGCUUCGGAGUCAAUUGUGGUGGAUGAAGAAGCACCCCUUCUUCCAUCAUCCAGAUUGUCAUACGUUGGUAGAAGCCAAGUGAGCAGCCACACUGCAUAGUCCAAUACAUGGUCGUUUCCCCCCUCCCCCCUAAAAAAUGCAUUUUUUUUGCAGAGAAAUUGAAUCUAGGAGCAGAAGAAUUGCAUCCUGAAGUUUGAUACUAAAAUGAUUCAUCGGACAUUUUAGUAGUUUUUUUUUUUUUUAUUAUUGGUUAUGAUUCAAUAGAAACAGUGUGGGAGAACAUAGGGAGUUUUUGGGCUCUAUCAUGUGAACAAGGGAGGUAGGCUCUGUUUGGGGUUACUGUUGGCAGUAGAGCUUUUGGAAGUCUGAGUUUUUAUAAAA